AUGGGAGGGGCCUUCAUGGAUUCGCCCAACGAGGAAUUUGGAACAGAGUAUUCCUUAUUUAACUCUUCUGCCAACGUCCACCACGCGGCCUCGACCGCCCAGAGCCCCCCCGAAGAGCCCUCCCACUCCUCCAACGACGCCAUCUUGUUAUGGAUUGCCAUCAUCGCCACCAUUGGGAACAUCGUGGUGGUCGGCGUGGUCUACGCCUUCACUUUCUAA